AUGGCGCCAGCAGCGCGCCGGGCAAGCGCGGCGCCGGGCCUCGUGGCUCCGGGGCGGCCGCUGCUGCUGGUGGCGGCGCUGCUGGUGCUGGGCGCCUCUUGGGGCAGCCGCCCGCGGGAGGCGGCGGGCCUGCGGGACCGCGGCGCGGGAGCUCCGGAGGCGGCCUCGCUGCUCAGUACGUCCUUCGUCCUCAAAGGGGACGCCGCGCACAACCAGGCGAUGGUGCACUGGACGGGCGACAAUAGCAGCGUGAUUCUCAUCCUUACGAAGUAUUACCACACUGAUAUGGGGAAAGUACUGGAGAGUUCCUUGUGGAGGUCUUCAGAUUUUGGGACAUUAUAUACCAAGUUGAAUCUACAACCUGGGAUUGCUACUGUCAUUGAAAAUUUUUAUAUUUGUCCCAUGAACAAAAAAAAGAUAAUUCUUGUAAGUUCUUCCCAUAAUGAUCUGGACCAGAGUCUUUUCAUUAGCACAGAUGAAGGAGCUACGUUUCAAAAGCAGCCCAUUGAUUUCUUUGUGGAAACGCUGAUUUUUCAUCCAAAGCAGGAGGAUAAAGUGCUUGCCUACACUAAGGAGGGACAGCUCUAUGCUUCUCUUGACUUGGGAAUCAAAUGGACUCUCAUGCAGGAUCACGUGUCAAAAGACCAUAUUUUUUGGGCUAUUGAUGGAGUUGAUCAAGACCCUAAUUUUGUUCAUAUGGAAAUCCAGGAUCCCAGUGGAGGUUUUCACUACAUGGUCUGCCACAUUCAGAAUUGUUCUGAUAAAACACUACGAUCACCCUUCGCUGGUAGUAUUGACAAGAACUCCUUGACAGUUCAGGAUGACUACGUAUUUCUUCAGACAUCAUCAGCAAACCAAACAAAAUAUUAUGUGUCUUACCUUCGGAAAGAAUUUGUACAGAUGAAAUUGCCAAAGUAUGCAUUACCCAAGGAUCUACAAAUUAUCAGCACAGAUGAGAGCCAAGUGUUUGUGGCUAUCCAGGAAUGGUAUCAGACUGACACGUACAACCUCUACCAGUCUGACCCGCAGGGCAUCUCUUACUCCAUCGUGUUAGAGAAUGUCAGGAGCACCAAGCAACCCGAGGAGAAUGUGCUAAUAGAUAUUCUGGAGGUUAGGGGUGUCAAAGGAGUAUUUUUGGCCAAUCAAAAAAUAGAUGGGAAAGUUACCACUCUUAUAACAUUCAACAAAGGCCGUAACUGGGACUACCUUACACCUCCAACUGCUGAUAUGAAUGGUAAACCAACUGACUGCAAACUGCCCGAUUGCCACCUUCACCUCCAUCUCCGCUGGCCAGACAAUCCAUAUGUGUCAGGAAUGGUUCAUACCAAGGAUACAGCACCAGGACUCAUAAUGGGGGCAGGAAAUCUGGGUGCCCAACUUGUUGAAUAUAAAGAAGAAAUGUAUAUAACAUCUGACUGUGGCAAAACCUGGAGACAGGUUUUUGAAGAGGAGCAUCACAUCUUGUAUCUGGAUCAUGGUGGAGUGAUUGUGGCCAUCAAAGACACUUCAAUUCCACUGAAAAUACUCAAGUUCAGUGUAGAUGAAGGCCAAACAUGGAGCACUCAUAAUUUCACCAGUACCUCAGUUUUUGUGGAUGGCCUACUCAGUGAACCUGGGGAUGAGACUUUAGUCAUGACAGUCUUUGGACAUAUCAGUUACCGCUCAGACUGGGAGCUUGUCAAAGUAGAUUUCCGACCAUCUUUCCCCCGAGAAUGCACCAAUGAAGACUAUGAAUCAUGGGACCUGACAAAUCUUCAGGGUGAUCGCUGCAUCAUGGGUCAGCAGAGAAGUUUUCGGAAGAGGAGGAGUUCGUCAUGGUGCAUUAAAGGAAGAACUUUUAUGUCGGCACUCACUUCCAAAGUUUGUGAGUGUAGACCUUCUGAUUUCUUAUGUGAUUAUGGGUUUGAGCGUUCAGCACUGCCAAAAUCUGAGUCUAAUACGUGCUUUGCUGACUUUUGGUUUAACCCUGAAACUCCUCCUGAAGACUGCGUCUUAGGACAGGCCUACCAAAGUAGCACAGGGUAUCGCAAAGUUAUAUCUAAUAUAUGUGAGGAUGGUGUGGAUUUGCAGCAAAAUGUAUCUCAGCGCUUGUGCCCACUGAGCGCACCCAAAAGACUGCAGAUAAGCAUCAAAGGGGAGACCCUGGCUGUUAAGCCUGGAGAAGAUGUCACUUUCAUUGUUAAACAAGAUCAGGGAGACAUUUUAAACACCAAGUACCAAGUGAACCUCGGUGACGGCGUUAAGGCGAUCUAUGUGAACCUCACAUUGACAGGUGAACCCAUCCAACACCGCUAUGCGAAUCCUGGGGUUUACCGGGUCUCAGUGGUGGCAGAAAAUGCUGCUGGCCGCGAUGAAGCCGUUGUGAUUGUACAGGUUCAUUCUCCUCUGCAGGCUUUACAUCUAGAAGUAGUUCCUGUUGUUGGCAGAAACCAGGAGGUGAACCUAACAGCCAUCAUCCUGCCAAGGAACCCUAACUUUACACUCUUUUACUGGUGGAUUGGAAACAAUCUUCAGCCACUUCUUUCACUGGAUAAUAUUUUGGUAACCCGUUUUGCAGAGAUGGGGAAAGUCAGAGUUACAGUCCAGGCUUCUUGUGGGAACUCCAUGCUCCAGGAUUCCAAGAUUGUCCAGGUUUUGGAUCAUUUUCAAAUGCUUCCUCUAAGGUUUUCUGAACAUCUGGACUUAUACAACCCAAACGUACCUGCCUGGCGGGAAGACAUUGGCCAUGUGGUAACACAACGAAUUGCAAAGGAAACGGGCAUACCUGAAGAAAAUCUUGUGACGGUGGUGAAACCUGGACUGCCCACAACUGCAGACUUACUUGUGCUUGUACCCAUGGACCACCCCAAAAGGAAGAGAACUGUGUCUACUGAUAAGAGAAUAUCUGCUAUUAAGCAUUCUUUGAGUGCCCAUAAUAUCAGUUUCUUCAUGAGAGGAGGAGAAUGGGUCUUUGUGACCUUAGACAGCUCUGAUUCAGAUUCUCAGAGCAUUGGAGGAGGUGGAGGCUAUUGGCUGAUAAUGGUCCUUUUUGUCAUCUCUUUGGUGGUUGUAGGAGCGAUCAUCCUCUACAAAUUCAAAAGGAAAUUACCAGGCAGAAAUGUUUAUGCCCAGAUGCAAAAUGAAAAAGAGCAAGAGAUGACCAGCCCUGUGAACCACAGGGAGGACACCCAAAAUAUCAUCCAGGGGGAGGAAUUCAUUGACGAUGACCUUGAUUGUCAAACACUAGGAAAUGCAAGAGUGACUCCUUCUGGGAGAGGUGGAAACUUGAACAGCUACAGAGUUCCCUUAUUGCUGAUGGCAGUCAGUGUCCAGUCCCAGGCAAUCUCUCAGGCGUGGUUCUGAGCAUUAAUUCCAAGGAGAUGCACAGUUACCUGGUUAGCUGAUGUUCACAACCGAACAUUUAGACAAGACUCUUCUACUGUUGGAUCCCCCCUUUCCCCUCUGAAGAUCUAACUCCCGGUGGGAAAGAGAUUCUUAAAUUGUCUGAAGACAGGCACAGCCAUGUGUUGCUUGCAGAGGAAGAUAAUAUCCUUUGUCUUCAUGGCCGUUGACUUUUUUUACACCUCAUACUAAGCUAGCAGAUCUGUAGCCGUAGGCACACUUGCAGCCACUUUUCCUGUCUUCUGUUUCCCUUUAUGUUCAUUUAACCUACUCCAGACAGCACUUCGUUCACAAUGGCAGCACCAAGUAGGAAGCCGUAAUUCUUGAGCCGUGAAGACUAGUUUGAACAGCAGUUGGCUAGUUGAAGUAGGAGUCUGGUGGAAAGCUGGGGGUUGUUUCCUGCCUAAAGGAGUGACUCCUGGUUCUGACAUGGCACAGCUGAAGAAUCCUGAGCAGGUGCAGUCGAGAGACGCAGUGAUGGCACACUGCGGGCCCAGAGCAAGUCCAGCUUACAGCAGCUGUAUGAGGUGACGUGUGAGGAAAUGCGUCAACGCUUCUUGUACGCGUCACUCCCAAGAUGCUCUCAACUUUGUUUUGCUCCCAGACCGGGUUCCUUCCUGUCCAGACACCACCCACCCUUCUGUAAGAGAAUACCACUAGACUGACUGGUAGUUUGCAACCCACAGAAUUAUAUAGCGUACAGCUUGUGCUGCCUUACCUUCUGUUAGUCUCCGGAACAAGACGUGUAAUUACUUUUUUUUUUAAUUUCUGUAACCUUUUUUUGUAUCUUUUUAAACUUUCUAUUUUUAUAGCUAUACAAGCAUUCCUGUCUCAGGAUAGUGCUGUCAAAGCAGCAUAUUUGGAACUCGCGGUCUUAUUCUUUUUCUCCUAUUUCUACUGUGGGGCUGAACAAACUGAAAAUAUCACUGCCUUGGAUGUGUUUGACAAUCUGGUGAAUUAAAUUUGAGAAUUAAUUCAGUUUAAAUGAUGAUUGCAC